ACGACAAAAUGUCAACGUCAAAUCAAGAUCAAAACAAGGCGCGUGAGGCACGCGGGCAGUUGUUCUAGUGCUCUAACACGACGAAUGCUCGUUGGCGGAUGCAAAGCCUAAAAAAUAGUCCUUUAGCAAUACAUCCGGUUUUUGACGACGUCGCGAGGCCGUUCGAGUACAAAGAGGCGGCGAGGCCGAGCGCCGUGGCCCCGCGCGCCGGUGUGAUCCGGUUUGCGGCUGACGAACGCCCAGCGUCUGGACUGCACCACGCCGACAUGAAGCCACACGACGACGGAAUCAACGGCCACGAGAGCGGCGGCAGCGUGGCCAGCGGCGGCGCGCGCUCCGACGACAGCGAAGGCGAGGAGGCCGCGCUGGAGGAGGAGCUGUCGCUGGUAGACGAGGCGGCGCCGGCGCGCGUGCUGGCCGCGCUCAACGCGCUGCGCAAGGCGCGCCAGCACUACGACGUGCUGCUGGCGGCGGGCGCGGGCGGCGCGGGCGAAGAGGUGGCCGCGCACCGUGCCGUGCUGGCCGCCGUGUCGCCGCGCCUGCUCGCCGCCCUACCCGCCGCACCACCCGCCGCCCCGCCCGCCGCCGCCCCAGCCGCGCCCGCCCUGCGCCUGCCCGACGUCGACGCCGAUGCUCUGCGCGAGUUGGUCGAGUACGCUUACACGGGACGGCUGCGAGUACGCGACGCGGCCGGAGCGCGACGGCUGUACCGUGCGGCGGCGCGUCUGCGCGUGGAGACUGCGCGCGCCCACCUCGCCGAGCGCCUGGUGCGCCGCCCCGCGCCGCAUGACGCGCUGGCCGUGCGUGCGCUGCCCGACCUGCAGCGACACCACCGCGCCGCGCUCGACGCCUACAUCGUAGAGCACUUCGACGAGAUAUGCGCGUGCGGCGCACUGGCGGCUUUACCGCUCAUCCACAUCGAGAUGCUGCGCGAGACGAGCGCGGAGCUCGGGCAGGAGGCGCCCGCGGCCGUCGCCGGCGCCGCGCUCACCUGGCUGCGGGACCAGCUCGCCGCCGGCACGCAACUAGAAGAUCUAUGUUCGCGGCCGCAUCUUCUGUUCGUGGACGCGGAGGGCGCGCUGCGGGAUUGCGGCGAGCUGCCGGCCAGUCGCGGCGACGCGCCCGAGCUGCACGAGUACAGGCGCGAGGCGGCGGAGCGCGAGCGCGGCGUG